AGUCCCAUCUCCCACUCCCAACCCAACCAAUUUUAUUUUAUUUUUUCCAAGUAGUUCCAUUUUUGUCUCAGUUACGCUGGAGCCUGCAGUGAUCAUUGACAUGAAAGCCAACGAAGCGACGGGCGGUGGCGGUGGCGGUGGCGCUAAUGGUGCCAAUUCAGAACCGUCCUCGGCGGCCAAAAAGAAUUCCAAAAGACCCAAAUAUUCAAAGUUCACGCAGCAAGAACUUCCUGCCUGCAAACCAAUUCUAACUCCAGGAUGGGUCGUUGCAACAUUUAUCAUCAUUGGCUGUGUUUUCAUCCCUAUCAGUCUUGUCUCCUUGUUUGCAUCAGAGCGCGUGGUGGAAAUUGUGGACUGGUAUGAUGAAACGUGCAUUCCUGGCAAAUAUAGUCGUGAUCACGUUGCCUAUAUCCAAAGCGGUGAAACCAACAAGACCUGUACCAGGAUUGUGACUGUCCCUAAGGAUAUGAAAGGUCCUGUUUUUGUUUAUUAUCAGAUAGAGAACUUCUAUCAGAACCAUCGACGUAGGACUUUGUUGAGCCGUUACAUCCCAUGCAUUCCCAUGCAUAUUAUUCUGCACAACGUGAAGAGCUUCUUGCUGACGGAUGAUGCGGUUGGUCGUUUGGCUGGUAUGAAGAAGCUGAAGGUUGAGAAGUUGGUUUGGUGGAUUCCCCCAGCAGACGAUUGGGAACAUAAAUGUCAAACCAUUGAGAACAUAAAUGUCCAAAUCUUGAUAAUGUUCUUGCUAGGCCUUCUGAGGGCAAAAAUCUUCUCUUACUCCCUUCCCUAUCUACCAAAACAAGUAGCAAAAACCAUGAGAUUCUUAACAAUUUUGGGUUGGAUACUUGAAUCGUAAAUCUCACAAAAAACUUACAAGGGUUGCAACUUGUUUUUAUGACCAUGAGUGACCCUGGCCUCCACCGAUAUCUCUACCACCACCACGGUUCUUCCCUAACCUGUUUUACCCCAAAAGCCUCCCACCAUAUAAUUCACGAAUAAUGUCCACAAUCCACACAAUGCAGUGAGUAAAUCUUAAUCAACUCCAAGAAGAUAUGGCAAUGUAAAGCAGCAAAUCAUUAAAAGUGAGAACAUUUCUCAAUACCCGGAACCGGAAAAGUGCACAAACGGCAGCAUAGAUCACUGGUAGAAUGAUAACUCAGACACAUAUAAGCGAGUAAAAACCAAAACAAACUAAACAUCAAUGAUAAUUACGGGUAUGCUGAGUAGCUUUCGAAAUCCACAGAAAAAUUCAGCUCAAAAAAUUCAAAUACGGAAGGAUAAAAAAAAGGGCGAUCCAGUUGCAAUUAAUCGAACCCUUGGAUCAUAAAUUAUGAGAAACCAAGUAAUUCGUUAAGCAGUGAAAUUUCAAUGUUCUCCUGCCUCUGUCUCUUAAAAAAGGCAAUGAAUUAAAAGGAUGGAGACCGUACAUACAAGAAGCAACAACAGAUCGGACUGGUUUGAGCCAAAUCGAUCUUCUUUCUUCAACUUCUUCUUCCUCUUCGUUUCUUUUCCCGGGUCAUGACCUCCUGAGAAACCUGAAAUAACUGCUUGGGUCAGAUUCGGGUUACAAAUACAAAAGCCGCGGCGAUUUUACAUGGGCUUAUCGGCCCGCGAGCCACCUAGCCCAAAAGGCCCAUACAAUAUGCAUCGAUUAAGGUUUGGGUUUUCGGUUGAAUUUUUUUGUGUGAUGAGAUCCGCAGUCACUAUCGUUUUUUGGUGUGUAUUGGAAAAACUCAAAUGGGACCUGUGCUCUAGCUUUGAAACUAUGCAUACGUAACAAACUCAUAUAUAUAAUUCAUGUGUGAGCUGAUGACUCCGGGAUAGGAUUAAACUAUGGUAGUAGAGCAUGACUAGUAUGCACUUUACCAUCAAACCAACACCAUCAUUUUUUUUUUUUUUGAAAAAAAGGUGAUAGACCUAUUAUAUUAGAUUACCCAAUAAAUUGAAUAACUGAGACUCGUAGGCACUCGCAGCUACCAUAAAGGUGGAAUACAACGUAAGGACUAAAAAAACAAUAACAAAGUAAUAAAACACAAACACUAAAUCGGAAAUCGUCAGACAUUGUUGGAUGACACUGGAUUACACCAAAGAUCACCGAACCACUGUCCAACGAGUCGACUCCACUGAUCGAAGCCGGGUAACAAAAAACUAAACAAAAACAAACACAUAAAUUACAACUUGGAUCUACUCUAUGGAUCCUAACUUCCUUUGCAACAAGA